AUGUCAAUUCGCAGGCGAUCCACAUACCCACGUCGUGCUAGAGAUGAAACGCUGCGAUUGACUCAGAAUGGCACGUUCCAAAUAUCGGUUUUUAGCGACUUGCAUUUUGCUGAAGAUGACGAGGCGGACAACAAGACCAGGGGGGUAAUGAACAGCGUUCUUUCUUCUGAGGAAGUGCAACUCGUGGUACUCAAUGGAGAUUUAAUCUCUGGCGAAGCAACAACACAAGGCUCCAACUCUAGUGUCUACGUUGAUCGAAUUGUUGCACCACUAGUCGACCGUAAUUUACCAUGGGCAUCGACUUACGGGAAUCACGACAGCGAGAUUAAUUUGGACCCCGAAGAGAUCUUUCAUGAAGAGACAAAAUAUGAAAAUAGCUUAACCCAGCGAAGGGUUUCGGGCUCCACUGCCGGAAUCACGAACUAUUACCUGCCAAUAUUUCCACACGAGUCUUCGAAUGACAGCGCCCCGGUAUUUAUUUUAUGGUUCUUUGAUAGUCAAGGUGGUCAUUAUGCCUUGGCAGAGGAUGAAGAUCGCAAGUCAGUUGCAAGACAGAGUUGGGUAGAUGACAAGGUUGUCGAAUGGUUCGUAGAAGCCAAUGCAAACUUAACGUCUACCUACGGGCAAACAAUACCAUCUUUAGCCUUCGUCCAUAUCCCAGCUCAUCCAAUGCGCGCAUUCCAGCAAUCUGGCGUUAGCCCAUCCCGCGAACCAGGGAUCAACGGAGAACGGGUCCAGGAACAAGGCUAUGACUCCGACACCGGCUACAUAUCUCAAGACAUUCCAUUCAUAAGCGCUCUGCUGAACACCACGGGCUUGGCGGCAACCUUCAGUGGUCAUGAUCACGAUAAUGACUGGUGCUUCAAAUGGAAUAGUAGGCUUCCUGGCCUCAAUGUCACGGGAAAUGGCAUGAACAUGUGCUACGGCCGACAUACGGGAUAUGGAGGGUAUGGUGAAUGGGCGCGUGGUGGAAGGCAGAUUUUGUUGGAUCAGCAGUCGCUUGGGGAUGAUGUGCGGACUUGGAUUCGGAUGGAAGAUGGGUCAAUUUCUGGUAAUGUUCAUCUCAAUGCGACGUACGGCCAGGAUCAAUAUGGGCUUGUGCAUAGGAGCAUCGGUGUGCAAAAUGGUGGCUUUUCUCUUUCUCCUCCAUUUUUUGGUGUUAUUUAUUUGUGGAUAUGUGUCUUUUCGGGACUUAUAUCUGGGUUUCAUUUGGGGUAG